GUUAGAUGAAAGCUUCCCCCUGCCACAGCCUGCCCCUCUCAGCCCGGGUCCCCACCCCUAGAAGACAGCAGAACUGAGAGGCGGUCUGAAGACAGAAGAGCCAUGUCGGAUUCCCUGGUGGUGUGUGAAGUGGACCCGGAGUUAAAGGAAAAGCUGAGGAAAUUCCGUUUCCGAAAAGAGACCGACAACGCAGCCAUCAUAAUGAAAGUGGACAAAGACCGGCAGAUGGUGGUACUGGAGGAAGAAAUCCAGAACAUUUCCCCAGAGGAGCUCAGGUUGGAGUUACCAGAAAGACAGCCAAGGUUCGUGGUCUACAGCUACAAGUACGCGCAUGCCGAUGGCAGGGUGUCCUACCCUUUGUGCUUCAUCUUCUCAAGCCCUGUGGGCUGCAAGCCUGAGCAACAGAUGAUGUAUGCCGGUAGUAAAAACAGGCUGGUGCAGACGGCGGAGCUUACAAAGGUGUUUGAAAUCCGCACCACAGACGACCUCACAGAGGCCUGGCUUCAAGAAAAGUUAGCUUUCUUUCGUUGACCUUUGAGCCAGUGUUUUGAAAUCCUUUCGUCUGAAGACUCAGACUCCUAGGCUAAUGAACAUCCAAGAGCUAAAUAAAGCCAGGAACUUAGUAAUCCUUA